UAUGCCAUUAUUGAUGACACGUUUGAAUUUGAUGACAGAGAAGUGACAACAAAUCAAUUAACAAUUUCGCCGCUCUCUCGACACCAUUUACUAUCGGUGCUGAUGUGUCAGGCCGUCAAUAAUAACAUAACAACUCCCUCCUCGACAUCCAUUACGCUGGAUAUGAAUCUAAAGCCAACCGAAGUCCGUAUCACACAAUUGACGCCCAUAUUAGUGGCACAACAGGAGGCGCUCUUUGAGUGCAACUCAUUUGGUUCGCGACCGAUGCCUACCAUUCACUGGUUCUUCGAUGGCAAACGACAUGAUACCCGAUCUCACGGGGAACAGCAGACAUCGACCACAUUAACCAUAACAGUGGACAGGGAGCACAGGGGAUCGAUACUGGAAUGUGUGGCACAAAAUCCUAAAAUACCCAACUCUGAUUCUCCACAAUUGCAUCUAAAGCUGGGAACGCCAACCAUGAGUUUAGAUAAUGUUCAAGAGGGGAUCGACAUCUACUUCGACUGCCACAUAGACGCCAAUCCCCGGCCAACGACGCCAAUCGUGUGGCUCUUUAACGGCAACGCUUUACACACGAGACAAGGUAUCAUCGAAAGCAAUCAGUCGUUAGUUUUACAACACGUCAACCGUUGGCAGAGCGGAACAUAUCAGUGCCAAUCGAGUAACCAAAUGGGAACUGCACUCUCCAAUGCCAUAAACCUUCGCAUACGGUACGCACCCGUAUGUAGUCAGCCCUACACUCUGGUUUACGGUCUAUCCCUUCACGAGAGUAUAGCGAUUGAGUGCGAAGUCGAUGCAAAUCCACCGCAAGUCUCGUUUCAAUGGAAAUACGAGUCGUACACAAAUUUGGCCACUUUUAGCCAAAUCAAUGACUCCAGCUCAAUCCUAUCGUACACACCCCACGCCAACCAGGAAUUCGGUCAAAUCGAGUGCAUCGCUAAGAAUAGUAUAGGAAUACAGCGCCAGUCGUGUAAAUACCUAAUCACCCAGACGUCCGAACCCUACUUUCCCUACCAGUGCCAAGUGAUCAAUCAAAGCGACUCCACGCUUACCGUUAAUUGCGUACAAAUCAAUAGGACGGUCAUAGCUGCCGGCGCUCUAUCGCCUAACUCCACUCAAUACCCAUCAUUAACGGCGACUACAACGGCGCCGGUAGCUCACAGUAAUCCGCAUCAACAACGAAGUCAUAAUAAGCUACACAUAAAUAAUAAUAGCAAGUACUCCAGCAGUAAAAGUCAUCAAACAUCAACUACUAGUCCCUAUCUCAUUGUCCACCCGAACACAUACUACGUGUGCGAAGUGUACGACUCGAGGAACGGUAGGUUUCUCUACAGGAAUGUGUCGGUGGAUGCCAUCCGACACCGACUAAUGAGACAAAACGCUUCGUUUGACUUUUUUAUCGACGAAUUGCCGCCAAAAACUCAAUUAAAACUCCGGAUAUAUGCCGUCAACGCGCGUAACGUCCGGAGCGCUACGGAACUGGAGCUCAAGACCCAGACGUUAAUCCCAGCGCAACGACUGAUUGACUUUGAGGGGACCGGCGAGAGCGCCGACAUGUCAGCUAAUAAUACGCUAAGCAAGGGGUCGGUGCGCAUACAUGGCAAACACCUAAUCAUAGGUGUGCUCAUAUCGGCGGCAGUGGUGGCCGUAAUUGUGGUGAUUAUGGCUAUAAUAGCGGUGUUUAAAGUGAGAUACUCGUCCUCUAGCAUACACUUAGCCGCCAUCGAUGUCAUGACGGGUGAUGAUAGUCAGGACAGGGAGGGGGACGGCCAUAACGUGGAGACAAUGCUGGGCACCGACUGUACCGACGAGUGCUCUAGUGAUCAGACUUUACUGAAAUGUGGUACGACUUCAAGUGAUGGUAUGGAUCAGUUCAAGUGCGAUGAGGACAUGGGUUAUCAUCAUAAGAGCAAUGGCAAUGUGGGGCCGCCAGACAUCAUACCAGUGCCCUAUUUUACGACCACUACCCUGAGUGGUGGUGGUGCCGGCAGUACAACGUGUUGUGAUAAUGAACUCAAUUGCCAUGAAUGUAAUGAUCAUAAGAGCACUUGUAGUCGCAAUUGCUUUCUCGAUGGCACCGAUGCCUCCAAUUAUUUCACUGACGAGUAUUACAAAAUGCAAGACAUGUAUCCGACAAAAGGGGGCAGAGUUUACGUGUAUAACAAAGAGGAUCACAACAAUAUUAUUCAUAGUAACAAAGCCGUCGCCAAUCAAUUAACGGACUAUCAAAACGUAUUACACGUUAAUCUAUUACCCGGUAAUAGCAAACAACAGCCCCAUUCACCGCAACAACAAGUGGCAAAUGUCAGCCUAUGAUACGGUCAUAUGACUACCCCCUACCCAUCCCAUCAUCAUCAAUAAAAACCACCUUUUAUACGAGUAUAGUCACUGAGUAUUUUUGUGCUACCGUUCCCCCCGUCAAGAGUCAAUGAGUUGAGU